UUGAUCGAACAGUGUGAAAACGCUCGUACCGUAUAAUGAAAUAAACAACACAAAGAUUGAAGUAUGGAUAAUAUAGUAGACGACAAAUUUCUAACUACGUUAAUUUUCUGGAUGUUAAGGUUAUGUUUUUAUUAAUUCAUACUGGUACGAAACUCAUUGGUGGCUAUAGCGGCAGACAACAAAGAAAACAUGGACGACCUCGAUAGAUAUAUAUAGGCGAACUAGUGUUUACAAAACUUCAGUUUACCACUGGUUUUCAACGAAGGAACAUCUCAGCUCUUCCAACUUCGCAUCGAUUUUCUUCGAGAUGAAGUUGUCUUUUAAAACGAUACAAUGAUACUAAGUUUCAUUUGUUAUGUAUGAUGAAGAAUUCAUUGCUAAAAGCAUUUUUAUUAAUUCUUAAGAUCGUUACAUUUUAUUAUUUAAAAUAAUGUCUUUCGUAAACACGCAAAAUGUUCCGCGAGAUUAUACGAUGCCGGCGAUACGGCAACGAAUCGCCGAAUUAUUAAAAAGAAGAGUUGCGUUAGAAAGAGUUGCUGGAGAAACUAUAGAAGAACGCCUUGCAAAAUACAAAGAACAAAGAACUUUUAGACAUGGUCUUUUAAAAAAUACACAUCAGAUGGUAUUGGAAGUAGCAGCAUUUAUUUUAAAUUUAGCACCAGAAAUUUUGGAAGAAGGAAUUAUUGACAAAGACGAGUAUGUGGAUACAUUUAGUAAUUUCUUUAAGGAAGGUGGAAAACGAGCUAUUAUAAUACAUUAUCAACACAUGACACCACCAUCAAUAGAAUCUGGUAGAUGGACACCGCAAUAUGAAUAUGAAAAGCAAAUUCUACGUUGUUGUGUAACUGAUGGCACUACUGAGCAGUUCUAUGGCAAAUCAAUAAUAGUUUAUCGCUUAAGAUCAGAUAUUGAAUUUGAACCCAAACAUUUGAUAGAUGAAACUUAUUAUGCAUAUGCAGAAAUUAAUGUUACUUCACAAAGUCCUAUUGCUGCAAUAUCAGAUUUAAUUUCACGAUUAAAUGAACCAGCAAUAAAAGCUAAUGUACAGUGGGGUGAACUGUCCAAGACAGAAAGAGGUUUUGCAGUGGCAAAGAAUUUUAUACAUGAUUUUCGCGAUUUCUGCGAAUUCCUUAGUACAAUAAAUAUUGAUCUUCAAGGUAUUGUAAGCUUCGAAGUUAAUUGGGAUCUUUAUAACAAGUAUUUGACAACACUACAAAAUAUAGAACUAAAUGCAAAAAAUCGUGAAGUAGUUGAAAUGGGAGAAAGCAAUGUUCAAAUUUGGAUGAAAACGAUGGAACGAGCAAUUGUUGAAAGCCAGCAAUUACGAAGAGAAACCGAAGUAAUUGGACCUACAGGUGAACUUGCUUACUGGAGACGAUUGCUUAUUCGUUUUUCAUCAAUUAUAGAAUGUAUUAAAUCACCAUAUACUCAAGCAUUUAUUGAAUUAUUGAUUCGUUCAAAUUCCAAAUUGAUGAAAAAAUGGAAGAGAUUGAUCAACCAUGUUAUAACAGUGCAGAUAUUAGCUCAGGACAAUGUAAUUUAUUUAUAUGCUUUAGAAAAAUUUACUAAACCAUUAUAUAGAUUAGAUCCAACUAAAAUAGGAAAAUAUUUACCUGCACUUAUGUAUGUUAUACGUAUGAUUUAUGCUACAUCAAGAUUUUUUAAUACAAGAAGAAUGGUAACAGCUGUAUUUGUAAAGAUGACAAACCAAAUGAUAUUAGCUUGCAAAGGAUAUUUAACAUAUGAUGGUACAUUACAGAUUUGGCAUGAUUCUAAAUCUAGCAUGAUAUCCAGGAUAAAAGAUUGUAUUGCUCUUUACACACAAUAUCAUGAAUAUUAUGAUCAAAUGUGUAUAAAAGUAAAAGAAAGUGCUGAUGAAAAACCAUUUGAAGUAUCAGAUAUGUAUGUUUUUGGAAAAUUUAAAACUUUUAAAAAAAGAUUAAUAAAAAUCAUGGAUGUAUUUGAAAUUACUUUGACAUACUCCAUCCUCCAAAGUUCUACUCUAGAGGGAAUAGAUACAUUCAAUGCUAAAUUUAUAAGUUUUUUUCAGAAAAUUUCCUCAAAAAAAUAUGAUCCUUUAGAUCAUAGAAAACCCUAUUUCAAUUCAGAUUAUGACGAGUUUAAGCAUGAUGUAGCAAAAACUGAAAUCGAACUUAGAACAUUUUUUUAUGAUACUGUAUCUUUAACACCAAAUAUUGAAGCAGCUUUGAACAUAGUCGCGAGAUUUCAGAAAUUAAAUUUAAAGUGUUUAAGAAUUGAUAGGAAAUAUUUAGAACUUACGAAAAUAUAUCAAAAUGAAAUAGAGGAAAUGCGAGAUAGAUAUAACGAGGACAGAUCUUCUCCACCAAUACCGCGCAAUAUACCAUCUAUCGCUGGUAGAAUAUUUUGGAUACGACAAUUAUAUAGACGUAUUGAAGCACCAAUGAAUGUGUUUAAAACUCGUCAACGCGUUAUCACUCAUGAAUAUAUGCAAAAAUGUAUCAAAAUAUAUAAUGCUAUAAUCAGUGUCUUUAUACAUUAUGAAAUAAUAUAUCAUAAGUCAUGGUAUGACUCUUGUGAGAUUGUUCGAUUAGCUUUAUCAGCUCCAUUGCUCGUACGCCAUCCAAAAACAAAUAAAUACUGUUUAAAUUUUGAUCGUUUUAUUGUGGAGGUAAUACGAGAAUCUGAACAUAUGUCUAGAUUUGGAUUGGAAGUACCUGAUUUUAUACAAAUUAUAACAUUUUGUAAAGAAAAGAUUUUUUCUUCCUAUAAUGAAGUUAGAAAUUUACUUGAAGAAAAUGAUGCAUUAAGACGAUCUAUACCGAUUAUAUUUUUAAAUUUGGUAAAAAUUGUAUUGGUUGAUCUUGAAAUUGCUUUUCAACCAUGUUUAUCAGUUGUUUCUUGGGCAUCCUUAAAAAUAUCAGAUGCUUGUGCAGAUAUUAAAGUAAAGCUUUUGGAAUUACACAAUUUUAUUAAGGAAAUAAAGGAUAUGAAAGAAGCAAGAGUAGAUGAAAUGCUGGAAUUAAUAAGUGGCACAAUAUUAUUAAAAAUUGAUAAUUAUCCAAAAACUCCAAUUGAUUUUUUAAAAGAUAAUAUACAUUUUAUUAAUAUUAUUGCUCACGAUUUGGAAAUUAAGUCAUCAAUGGCUGAACAAGUUGUUAUACAAAUUAUUAAUAAAUUUAUGGACUCUAUUACUGAUCCUAAUUUUCAAGAUAUUAAAUAUGAUUGGAUGGAUCCCGAGCAAUUGACUAAACCAGUUGGAUCCGUGACAAAGUUAAUCAGUGGACCAUAUGAAACAGGUUUUGCUCCUGUUUCUAAAAUUAUUAAUAUAACUCAGAUACAUAAUGAUUGCAUGGAAUUAUUUGCAUAUUUUAAUAAUAAAAUGAUGGAAGCUUUGGUAAAAUGUACUAAGAGUUCCCUCGAAUUAUUGAGAAGAAGAGUUGAAAUAACAGGUUCUUUAUUUAAUAAAUUAAAUGAUAAUGCGCUCAUGUUCACACAAUUUGUCUUGCAAAUUCCAAAUAUUGUAACAAUGCCAUCCAUAGAAGAAUUGCAAAAUAAUUUUGAACAAGUUAUAAUAAGUAUAAUAGAUACUCAUAAAAGUAUUAUUUUAUGGGGACAGCGAUAUCAUUUGCCUAAUAAAAAAAAUUUUAAUGAGAAUGCUAUUAAAAAUUUAAAAAAUUAUUAUUCAAUAAUCUCUGAUCACAAAGAAGUUAUUCGAAUUACUAUGGGUUUACAAGGUAUUAUUUUAAUGUUGAAGGAUGAUAUUACAACUCUUGCCAAUUCAUAUCUAAGAUAUUCAUAUAUAUGGGAUGAGAAUAAAGAACAAAUAAUACGUGAAUUUGUUGAAUCCGAACCAAUAACUCAAGAAAUAAAGGAAAAGUUUUUAGAAUAUGAGAAUUUGCUUACAGAGAUUCAAAAUCUUCCAGAUAUACAUACUGUUGGUCCUAUAGAAAUUAGAAUGGAAAAAUUGAAGCUUGCCUUUUCAAUAGAAGCAAGUUCAUGGAAAAAAUUACUAGGAUCUACAUUGUCCCUUAACUAUAAAAAUAGAUUGAUGAAGAUAAGUGACUAUAUUAAUGAAAAAAAUAAAAUUCUUCUUAGACCAAUAAGAGAUUUAGAGGAUGUACGUAUUGCCAUGAGAUGUUUGAGUAAUAUACGAGAUGAUUUUAUAACUUUUGAUAUGGAAUUGAUUUUAAUUGAAGAAACUUAUACUUUGAUGGGAUAUUUUAAUAUUGAUAUAUUGAAAGAAGAACAAGAUAUAGUUGAUAGUUUGCGUUUCGAUUUUAACAAUAUGUUGAAUAUGGCAAAGCAAGUUCAAGAAACUAUAUGUGAGAUGCAAGAGCCAUUGAAAACAGAAUUAAUACAAGGUGUUGCAAUUCUUAUAGAAGAUGUUGCACAAUUUGAUAUCGAUUUUGAAUUAGAAGGCCCUAUGGUUGAAGGAAUACCAGCUGCAGAAGCUAGUGAAAGAGUUGCAGCAUUUCAAGCACGUUUUGACGAGUUAUGGAAUAGAUACGAAACUUAUAGUAGUGGUGAAACUUUGUUUGGAAUACCUGUAAGAGAGUAUCCUGAAUUACAACACAGAAAAAGAGAACUAAAUUUGUUACAAAAAUUAUAUUCAUUAUAUUCACAAGUUAUGCGAACAAUAGAUAGUUACUACAGUAUAGCUUGGUCUGAUAUUGACAUUGAAUCUAUUGUAGCUGAAUUAACAGAAUUUCAAAAUAAAUGUCGGAGAUUACCUAAGGCCAUGAGAGAAUGGCCUGCUUAUAUCGAUUUAAAGAAAAAAAUCGAUGAUUUUAGUGAGACAUGCCCAUUACUUGAAAUGAUGGCAAAUAAAGCUAUGAAAGCUCGGCAUUGGGAACGGAUGUCCAAGUUAUGUAAUUUCUUCUUUGAUGUAGAAUCUGAGGCAUUUACAUUAGCAAAUGCCUUAGAGGCACCUUUAUUAAAAUAUAAAGAUGAUGUUGAGGAUAUAUGUAUUAGUGCAGUGAAAGAAACAGACAUAGAGCGUAAACUGAAACAAGUGAUUGCUGAUUGGGCUGUUGUAAAUUUACAAUUUUCUCAUUUUAAACAAAGAGGAGAGUUAUUGCUUAAAGGAGUUGAAACAGCUGAAAUAAUAUCUCAACUUGAAGACAGUUUGAUGGUGAUCAGUUCUUUAAUGGCAAACCGAUACAAUGCAUAUUUCAAGAAAGAUAUUCAAUUAUGGCAAAGGAAAUUAAGUAAUACGUCAGAAAUAUUGUCCACGUGGUUAACUGUACAGAAUUUAUGGGCCUAUUUAGAAGCUGUAUUCAUAGGUGGUGAUAUAUCAAAGCAACUUCCAGCUGAAGCAAAACGCUUUAAUUCAAUUGAUAAGUCGUGGGUUAAAGUUAUGAACCGUGCACGCGAUAAGCUAAAUGCAGUGGAAACGUGUACAGAAGAUGAAACUAUGGGUCAGCUUUUACCUUAUUUGUUAGAGCAAUUAGAAUCUUGUCAGAAAUCUCUUAGUGGAUAUCUGGAAACCAAACGUGUUAUAUUUCCAAGAUUUUGUUUCAUAUCCGAUCCAACAUUAUUGGAAAUUCUUGGACAAGCUGCUGAUUGUCAUGCUAUACAAAAUUAUUUAGAUGGUUUCUUUGAUAAUAUUGCAAAGUUGGAAUUUUCUGAAAAGGAUUAUGAAAAUAUUAUAGCAAUGUAUUCUCGCGAAAAAGAGAAAAUCGUACUUGAAAAAGUAGUUGUAUGUUUAGGUGGUGUAGAAAAUUGGUUAAAUAUGUUACUGUCUGUACAUCAAUUGUCCGUUGCUGCUGUAAUUGCACAAGGAAUGAGUUUGUUAAAUGCUCCUGAUUUUGAUUUAAUAACAUUGAUAGAUAAUUCUGUAUUGCAAGUUGCAUUGCUUGCACUUCAAGUUAUAUGGACUCGUGAUGCUGAAGCGGCAAUGAAUGCAUCAAGACGAGAUAAAACCAUCAUGCGUAAAACUAACGAGUGGUUUUUAGAUUUAUUAAAUGCUCUAAUAGAAGUAACUGUGAAGGAUCUUACAUCAUAUAUGAGAAAAAAAUAUGAGAUAUUGAUUACAAUUCAUGUACAUCAAAGAGAUAUAUUUGACGAGUUAUAUCAUUCUAAAAUCCGAAGUGUACAAGAUUUUGAAUGGUUGAAGCAAUCUAGAUUUUAUUAUGAUGAUGAUAAGGAACAAAUUCUGAUUAGAAUUACAGAUGUAGAAUUCAUCUACCAAAAUGAAUUUCUGGGCUGUAACGAAAGACUCGUUAUUACACCUCUCACGGAUAGAUGUUAUAUAACACUUGCACAAGCCGUUGGUAUGAAUUUUGGUGGUGCACCAGCAGGUCCUGCUGGUACUGGAAAAACAGAAACUACAAAAGAUAUGGGAAAAGCAUUAGGAAAAUACGUUGUUGUAUUUAAUUGUUCUGAUCAAAUGGAUUUUCGUGGUUUGGGUAGAAUAAUGAAGGGAUUGGCACAAGCAGGUAUUUGGGGUUGUUUUGAUGAAUUCAAUCGGAUAGAAUUACCUGUACUUUCUGUUGCUGCUCAACAAAUAGCAAUUAUACUUAAUGCAAGAAAAGAAAGAAAAACAAAUUUUCUCUUUAGUGAUGGUGAUACAUAUAAACUUAAUUACGAAGUUGGAAUAUUUAUUACAAUGAAUCCAGGCUAUGCUGGACGACAAGAAUUACCAGAGAAUUUAAAAAUACAAUUUAGAAGUGUAGCUAUGAUGGUCCCAGAUAGACAGAUAAUUAUGCGCGUGAAACUUGCAGCCUGCGGCUUUUUACAAAAUAUUAUGUUAGCACGGAAAUUUUUUACGCUAUAUGCUUUAUGUGAAGAACAGCUUAGUAAACAAGUGCAUUACGAUUUUGGUUUGCGAAACAUUUUGUCGUGUUUACGAACACUUGGUGCACAAAAGCGUGCACGUCCUACUGAAUCAGAGGAAACAACGCUGAUGAGAGUACUUCGAGAUAUGAACUUAUCGAAAUUAGUAGAUGAAGAUGAACCUCUGUUUAUAUCACUCAUCGAAGAUAUGUUUCCAGGGAUCAAAUUAACUACACAAACAUAUAAAGAAUUACAAAAAGGAAUAGAAGAUGCUACAAUCGAGUUAGGAAUAAUGAAUCAUCCUGAAUGGAAUUUAAAAACUAUUCAACUCUAUGAAACAUCUUUAGUUCGUCAUGGUCUGAUGGUGCUUGGUCCUACAGGAACUGGAAAAACUCGAUGUAUGUGGGCAUUAAUGAAAGCUCUAACACAAAUGGGUAUAUCUCAUAAAGAAGUUAGAAUGAACCCUAAAGCUAUAACAGCAUCACAAAUGUUUGGUAAAUUGGAUGUUGCAACGAAUGAUUGGACAGAUGGUAUAUUUUCGACAUUAUGGAGAAGAUCUGUUCAAAUGAAAAAAACUGAACAUUUAUGGAUUGUGUUAGACGGACCAGUUGAUGCAGUAUGGAUCGAAAAUUUAAAUUCAGUUUUAGAUGACAACAAAACUUUAACUUUAGCAAAUGGAGAUCGCAUAAUUAUGUCUUUAACUAGUAAAUUAGUAUUUGAACCAGAUAAUGUUGAUAAUGCAUCACCAGCAACGAUAUCACGUAUGGGAAUGGUCUUCCUUAGUUCAUCUGUAUUAAAAUGGCAUAAUAUAUUAGAGGCCUGGCUAAAGACCCGUUCGAGUUACGAAGUGGAUAUAUUACGUACACUAUUUCAUAAAAUAUAUGAUGAUGCUCUGAAAUUUGUCUUAACAAAGCUUCAGGCAAAGAUGGCGAUUUUGGAAGCACUUUACAUACGUCAAACUGCUGAUCUAUUAACUGGGUUACUUAUUACAAACGAUGAUAGAGUGUUAAGUAAUGCUCAUAUAGAAAAAUUAUUCUUAUUUUCUCUUAUGUGGAGUUUAGGAGCAGUGUUAGAACUUGAUGCACGUUAUUCUUUACAAGAAUUUCUCAUAGCUCAUAAAUCGCAUUGUCAUUGGCCAACUACAGUAGAGGAUGAAACAAUUUUCGAAUAUUUAGUAUCUGAUCAAGGAUCUUGGAUACAUUGGAACGAUAUGGUUCCAGAAUUUGAAUAUCCUUCAGAUCAGGUCUUGAAAUAUUAUAAGAUAUUAGUUCCUAAUGUAGAUAAUACAAGAACAUUAUUUUUAAUUGAUGUAAUAGCAAAACAAGACAAAGCAGUUCUUCUAAUCGGAGAACAAGGUACUGCAAAAACAGUUAUGAUUAAAAGUUAUAUGUCUAAUUUUGAUCCUGAAUAUCAUCUUCAAAGGUCCUUUAAUUUUUCAUCAGCUUCUACACCCAAUAUGGUUCAGCGGGUAUUUGAAAGUUAUGUUGAAAAACGAGUUGGAAAUACUUAUGGACCUCCUAGUGGACGAAAACUUACUGUUUUCAUAGAUGAUAUAAAUAUGCCUGAAAUAAAUGAAUGGGGUGAUCAAAUAACAAAUGAAAUUGUUCGUCAAUUAAUGGAAUACAAAGGAUUUUAUUCAUUGGACAAACCUGGUGACUUUAGUACAUUACAAGAUAUUAUGAUACUUGCUGCUAUGAUCCAUCCAGGAGGUGGUAGAAAUGAUAUACCACCAAGGUUGAAGCGACAAUUUAAUAUUUUUAACUGUACCUUACCAUCUAAUAAAUCUAUGGAUGCUAUUUUUGGUAAAAUUGGUCAAGGAUAUUUUUGCCUGACCAGAUUUUCUGAAAUUAUUGUGAAUUUUAUAUCGAAAUUAGUACCUUUGACACGAAUUUUAUGGCAAAAAACCAAAACGAAAAUGUUGCCUACACCAGCAAAAUUUCAUUAUGUUUUUAAUUUAAGAGAUUUAUCACGUAUUUGGGAAGGUAUUCUUAAAAUUGAAAGGGCUGAAUGUGAAACAAUUACAACGUUAUUAAAACUUUGGGAUCACGAGUGCACUCGUGUAAUAUCCGAUAGAUUUAUAACUGCUGAAGAUGAGGAAUGGUUUCAUAAUGCAUUGAAGCAAACUGCAGAAGAAAUUUUGGAUACAGAUUUUCAAUAUUAUGAAGAUGUAGAAACAUAUUUUGUUAAUUUUUUACGCGAUCCACCAGAACCAACAGGAGAUGAACCAGAGGAUUUUGUCUUUGAAGCACCAAAAAUUUAUGAAGAGAUACCAAGCUAUGAAGUAGUUAUAAACAGAGUUAAGCAAAAUAUGGAACAGUUCAAUGAAUACGUACGUGGAAUACAUCUGGAUUUAGUUUUAUUCCAUGAUGCUCUUGUACAUUUAAUACGGAUAUCAAGAAUACUUGGAUCACCAAGGAGUCAUGCAAUGUUAGUUGGUGUUGGAGGAUCUGGUAAACAAAGUUUAACAAGAUUAGCUUCCUUCAUUGCAGGUUUUACUUUUUUUCAAAUAACUUUAUCUAGAAUCUAUACUGUGACAAGUUUAAUGGAUGACUUAAAAAAAUUAUAUCGUGAAGCUGGUACUUUUAGCAAAGGACUGACAUUUAUAUUUACUGAUAAUGAGAUCAAAGAUGAAGCUUUUCUGGAAUAUAUAAAUAAUAUUUUAAGUGUAGGCGAAAUUGCUGGUCUGUUUGCUAAGGAUGAAUUGGAUGAUAUUUAUACAACAGUGACACCACUUAUGAGAAAAGAUGAUCCUAAGAGACCCCCACUACAGGAUAAUCUCCAUGAUUAUUUUAUAACGCGAGCACGAGAUAAUUUGCACAUAGCUUUAUGUUUUUCUCCAGUUGGAGAAAAAUUUAGAUUACGUGCACUGAAAUUUCCUGCACUUAUAUCUGGCUGUACAAUGAAUUGGUUUGCUAAAUGGCCAAAAGAUGCAUUAUAUCAAGUAGGUCAUCAUGUUUUGAAUCCAUUCGCAAUUGAGUGUACUCCUGAAGUAAAACAACAAUUAAUUCAAGUAGUGGGUGAUAUUCAAGAUGAUGUUAAUGAUGUUUGUAUAGAAUAUUACAAUAGGUUUCGACGGCAAACGUACGUCACACCAAAGUCAUUUCUAGUAUUUCUUACUGGUUAUAAAAAUCUUUAUGAACAAAAAUUGAAUAAUAUUAAUAUGCUUGCCGUUCGUAUGAGUAAUGGUUUAAGCAAGUUAGUUGACGCUGCUGUACAAGUCGAUGAAUUACGUAAAAUAUUAGAGAAAAAUUUACAAGAAAUUGCUGAAAAGAACGUUCAAGUGGAAGCUAUAGUAGCUACUGUUAAUGAAAAGAGGAGUGAAGCAGAAACAGUGAAAGCUACAGUACAGGUAACAAAAAAUCAAGCUGAAGCACUAUUGAAGGUGAUCGCUGCAGACAAAAUAGUAGCAGAAAGAAAAUUGAAAGCUGCAGAACCAGCAUUAUUAGAAGCUGAAGCUGCAUUGCAGACUAUAAAAGCAUCCGAUAUUGCUACGGUACGCAAAUUAGCCAAACCGCCCUAUUUAAUUACUUUGAUUAUGGAUUGCGUGUUGAUAUUAUUUGGAAAAAAAUUAGAACGUGUUAAGCCAGAUCCAGAACGUCAAUUUUUAAUAGCCUCUUGGACUGAAGCAUUUAAAGUUAUGACUGAUACUAGAUUUUUGUACAACUUGCAACAAUUUCCUAAGGAUAAUAUUAAUGGAGAAAUUGUAGAUUUAAUGUAUCCAUAUUUAAAUUACCCUUUAUAUACAUAUGAAGCUGCAAAACAGGCCUGUGGUAAUGUAGCUGGUCUAAUACAGUGGACUAUUGCAAUGGUAGCUUUUUAUGGAAUAAAUAAAGAUGUACUUCCAUUAAAAGCAAAUUUAGCCGUACAAGAAGGAAAGUAUGAAAGAGCUAAUCGAAAUUUACGUCAAGCAGAAGCUUUAUUAAAAGAAAAAGAUGAAGACUUAAGACAAGUGCAAAAAGAAUAUGAUGCUGUGAUGAAAGAGAGACAGAUAAUAGUUGAUCAAGCUGAAGCAUGCCAAGCAAAAACUGAUACAGCAACUGCUAUGAUCGAUGGAUUGGCUGGUGAAAGAAUAAGGUGGACAGAACAAGUAGCUUUGUUUAAAUCGGAAAUCGAGCGACUUGUUGGAGAUGUUGUAAUAUUAACUGGAUUCCUUUCAUAUUGUGGUCCAUUUAAUCAAGAAAUUCGUAUUUUGCUACAACGAAAAUGGUUUGAUUUCCUUCGAGAUAAAAACAUUCCAUGUUCUAAAACCAUAAACAUUGUUGAUGUGCUGACUGAUACAGCAACAAUAGGAGAAUGGAAUUUGCAAGGUUUACCCACUGAUGAAUUAUCUAUUCAAAAUGGUAUAAUUGUAACAAAAGCAACUAGAUAUCCACUUUUAAUUGAUCCACAGUUACAAGGUAAAACAUGGAUUAAAAACAGUGAAAGGGAUUUUGAGUUACAAGUAACACUUUUAUCUCAUAAAUACUUUAGAAACCAUUUAGAAGAUUCUGUGUCCCUUGGAAGACCAUUACUUAUAGAAGAUGUAGCAGAAGAAUUAGAUCCUGUUCUAGACAACUUAUUGGAAAAAAAUUUUAUAAAGAUAGGAACUACAUAUAAAGUCAAAUUAGGUGAUAAGGAAGUAGAUAUUCACAAAGAUUUUAGACUUUAUAUUACAACAAAGUUCCCAAAUCCUUCAUAUAAUCCAGAAGUGUUUGCACGUGUUGCAGUAAUCGAUUUUACUGUAACAAUGAAAGGUCUGGAAGAUCAAUUAUUAGGAAGAGUUAUUUUAACAGAAGAGGAAGAAUUAGAGACUGAAAGAGUACAGCUAAUCACAGAUGUAACUGCUAAUAGAAGAAAUAUUACUGAAUUGGAAACAAAUCUUUUACAUAAAUUAACAACAGUUCAGGGUCCCUUGAUCGAAGAUGUAGAGUUAAUGAAUGUAUUAAAUACAACAAAACAAACUGCCGCAGAAGUCAACGAGAAAUUAAAUAUUGCAAGGGAAACAGAAAUUAAAAUAAACGCAGCUCGUGAAGAGUAUAGACCGAUUGCUACUCGAGGAAGUGUUUUAUACUUUUUAAUUUGUGAUAUGUCACAUGUUAAUUCUAUGUAUCAAACAUCUCUUGUACAGUUCUUGGAACGUUUCGAUAUUUCAAUGGCACGAUCUGAAAAGAGUCCUGUUAUUCAUAAAAGAAUUUAUCAUGUUAUAGAAUACUUAACAUUUGAAGUAUUUAGAUACAAAGCUCGGGGUUUAUAUGAAAUACACAAAUAUAUGUUUAGUUUGUUAAUGACAUUGAAAAUUGAUCUUCAACGUGGAAAUAUAUCUCACGAAGAAUUUGAAUUCUUUAUUAAAGGCGGUGCUGCUUUAGAUUUAAAGACUGUUCAGCCAAAACCUUGCAAGUGGAUUACAGAUGUAACAUGGUUACAUUUAGUUGCUCUAUCAGAAUUGAGACAGUUUCACUAUAUAUUAACACAAGUACCAGCUUCAGAAAAACUUUGGAAGCUUUGGUUUGAUAAAGAUGCUCCAGAAGAAGAAGUUAUACCAGAUGGUUAUAAUACUUUAGAUACGUUUCGCCGCUUACUUGUUAUAAGAGCAUGGUGCAUGGAUCGAACUCUUUCGCAAUCUCGUAAAUACAUAGCAAAUUCUUUAGGUGUGCGGUAUGCAGAACCAGUUAUUACACUUCUGGAUGUGAUGCAUGAUGAAUCACGACCUGAUACACCCAUGAUCUGUUUUCUGAGUAUGGGAUCAGAUCCUAGUCCAAGCAUUGAACAAUUAGCAAAAAAUAUGGAAAUUUUGUGCAAAAGUAUUUCGAUGGGACAAGGUCAAGAAGUGCAUGCUCGAAAAUUGCUCUCUAGCGCUGUAACCGAUGGUUUUUGGGUACUCUGUCAAAAUUGUCAUUUAGGUCUUGAAUAUAUGAAUGAAAUGGUUACUUUUCUUUUGGAAAUGAAAUCUCCUCAUCCUGACUUUCGUAUAUGGAUUACAACAGAACCACAUGAAUAUUUUCCUAUUUCUCUUUUGCAAAUGUCUAUCAAGUUUACAUAUGAGCCACCACAAGGAGUAAAAGCAGGUUUAAUAGCUACAUACAGUGGAAUGAAUCAAAUAAUGUUAGAUCAAUGUGAUGUUGCUCAAUACAUACCAUUAAUAUAUACAGUAUCAUUUUUACAUACUGUAGUACAAGAAAGACGUAAGUUCGGUCCACUUGGAUGGAAUAUACCUUAUGAAUUCAAUACUGCUGAUUGGCUAGCAUCUUGUAUGUUCAUAAAUAAUCACUUGAAUGAUUUUGAUCCUAAACGUGGUAUAAGUUGGCAAACUGUUAGAUAUAUGAUAGGUGAAGUGCAAUACGGAGGUCGAGUCACAGAUGAUUAUGAUAAACGAUUAUUGAACACAUUUGCAAAAGUGUGGUUUUCAGAUGCACUUUUUGCUGAAGAUUUUGAAUUUUAUAAAGGUUAUACAGUAUUAAGCUACAACAAUAUUACUGAUUAUUUAAAGGUAAUAGACUCAAUGGCUUCAAUAGAUCCUCCACAAGUUUAUGGACUUCAUUCAAAUGCAGAUAUUACAUAUCAAAGUAAUACUACACAAGCUGUCUUAAAUACUAUAAUAUCCAUCCAACCAAAAGAAGCUGGUGUGGGUACUGGUGAAUCUCGAGAAACAGUUGUAACUCGACAAGCAAAAGAUAUGUUGGAAAAAUUACCAUCACCAUAUGAUUUUUAUGUGGUUAGGGAAAGACUACAUAUAAUGGGUAUAACUCAACCUAUGAACAUCUUUUUGAAACAAGAGAUAGAUAGAAUAAAUCUUGUCAUUGUACUGUUAAUUACGAUGUUAAAUGAUCUAUUGCUAGCUAUAGAAGGUGUGAUAAUUAUGAAUGAGCAAUUAAGAGAUACUUUCGAUAAUAUAUACGAUGCAAGAAUACCUGAAGUUUGGAGAGCUCGAUCGUGGGAAUCUUCGACUCUUGGUUUUUGGUUCACAGAAUUAUUGGAACGAAAUCAACAAUUUUCUACUUGGUUAUUUACCGGUAGACCUAUGAGAUUUUGGAUGACGGGAUUUUUUAAUCCUCAAGGAUUUUUAACGGCUAUGAGGCAAGAAGUAACACGUGCUCACGAGGGUUGGGCAUUAGAUAACGUAACUUUGCAUAAUACUGUUAUGCGUUAUUAUGCUGAAGAUAUUAAAAUUCCACCAGAUGAAGGUGUGUAUGUGAUUGGACUAAUUUUAGAAGGUGCUGGAUGGGAUAGAAGAAAUAAUAUGCUUUGUGAAUCAGCAAAUAAAGUUCUCUAUGUGAAUAUGCCAGUUGUUUAUAUUUUUGCACUUUAUAAUAAACCAGACAAAGAUCCCAAAUUAUAUGAAUGUCCUCUGUAUAAGAAGCCACAAAGGACUUACAAUCUCUUAAUUACACCACUUUGGCUGCAGACCAACAAACUCCCUGAACAUUGGAUUUUACGUGGAGUAGCAUUACUUUGUGAUAAUAAGUAAUGAAAAAUUAUAUAAUGACCAGGGAUAUUAAUAAAUUAGUGGUAUUAAUAAUAGUGGUAUCAAUAAUUAAUUAAAUUAUAUUAAUAAAUUGUGCCACUUAUUGGUAAUUAUUUAAUUAUAUUUAAUAUAAAAGUGAUAAAGUUCUGUGCUUCCGAACUCUAUGGCCAUUAAUAUAAAAGAAUACCAAAUAAUCACAAUUAUUAAGUUUUUAGGAAUGAUCACUAGAAGUGUUUUAUGCAAUCACUAUUGUUAAAAGCGUUUAUUCGUCGUAACUUUUAAUAGAUAUGGAAUUUUUCUCCGUUUUUUGAAAUUCUGCAAGAAUAGAAUUUUAAAAUGUAAGUACCUCUAUACAUGUCAAUUGUAACCAGUUGGAUGUUAAAAACGAAUGGAUACUCGAAAGACAGGUACCUCAAUAAGAAUUGUCUUUCUGUACUAUCUUUUUUACUUUUUCAUUGUCUUUCUAACAUUUAAUAGAAAUGUUAAAAUUUAAUUUCAUUUCA